UUUUCGAAUACACGGAAGCUGUUGUGUUCUUCUGACACGGAUGUUUGAUGAUAUCGAAUAGGUAUAAAAGCAAUCGGUUGCAAUUGGCAUGAUUAGUAUGUAUUUGCACUUGUUAUGUCGAGACCGUAACCGCUCCAACGACGCAAAGUCAUCGUCACUAUGUUCGCUCUCGGUAAAUAAAUUCUUUAGCCUAUAAAUAACGAAAGCCUGUUACAAAAGUUCAUUUCUGGGCAAGUCGUGCCAAGUAUUUUAAUUUCGUUAUGUAACAGACACCGUACAAUUCGCGGUUAACCGAAUUUUUAUCCUUUUAUCGUUACGAAUUCUGCACGAAUUACAGUGUGCUCUGAAAUGAAGAUCGAGAGCUGUUGAAAUAAAAAAAAAAAUAUAACGAAUUUUGGUUAAGAUUCUUACGUUUUCCAAAAUGAUCGCGUAUGAAAUUGAAAACCGUCCUAAUCGCGAUUAAUGUAUUACCGCUGGAAAUCUAAUUUGUUGUUCGACAAAAUUUGAUAAGAACCGCGAAGAGUAAUAAGCACCGACAACCAUGAAAUCCAACUCGACGGUGCAGGAUAGGCUUGUUAAGCAGAACGAGAUUAGCCGUCAAAGGCUUGAACAAGAACUUGAGAUACUGGAGAAGGUAGAAAAGUCGGACUUGAGAAUGAUCGAGACUGUGAGGCAUCGGUUUCGUACACGACGGAGGAAUCUAAAAAUCUCUGAACAAUCAGGUGGAUCGAACGCUAUUGACGUGCGCAUGUACGAAACCCAUAACCCUGGAUUUUGCUAUCAUUGCACUGGCGCGAUCAAACAAGUCGGUCGACCUAUCAAGCAGCAAACAACGAAAGAUUCCUACGAGUUCGUACGCUCCAUAGUGUUCACCAAAGACGAAGUAGAUACUGACAAACUCCUUUGCCUCCAUCUGUUCACUGCCCACAGUGUAAAGUAUAACAACAACGAUUCCUCCGCAAUUAAACCUGUAGCAUCACUAUUAGAGAAAGCUAAGAAUAAACAUUUCUCUGGCGCUUGGAACAACGUUCUACCAUGUUACGUGGUGGAUCUUCAGGAAGACUCAAAGGAUAUGAAACUCCAUGAGAAUCCAACGAAACAGUGUUUGGAGGAGCAAACCAUCCGCGAGUUUGAGGAAAAGUAUAAACAGUACGUGGAGGAUAAUGCUGAUUCCGGGGGUGGUAAACCAACUACUAGAAUAACGAUACGUACUCUUGAAAAAACAUCGGUAGCACCUCAUGUUUACUCGUUGUUGGGUGCUUCUCACGAGUUGAGAAUCAAGCAAGCACUUGCCGAAGGUGUGGCAAGAAAAAAAUUUAAUCGUUGCAACAUGGAGCUAAAUGGAUUGGACGAGAACAGUCUGUCCUUCCAUCUAGACGACGACGAGGAUGAUCUUGCAAGCAGAGUAACGACAAAUAUGUCCAAUAGAAAUUGGAUCACGAGAUCGAUCAGAAGUCCGUCCAGGAAAUCCGGGAUUGGCUCGUUCAAGCUCGAUCACGGUAUUACAAUGUUGAAAUCAAAACGAAGAAAGAACUUCGAUGCCUCAACCAAAGAUCUUAUUACUAUAAAAUCUAGUUUCACCAAGGGACCGUCCAAAACUCCGAGCAUCAAAUCUACGUUCCAUAGUAUGUUCGACAGUCGUCCGUCGUCGAAUUCUGUUAUUUCUUGCAAUCUAGACUUAACGAAAUCAUUGAGAAAGUGUAUUUAUCUAAAUGCACCAGUACAAUCGAUGGAAUUUAGUGACAAAGAUUACAAGAUUGUGCCGAUUCUUGUGAAUUAUCAGCUGCAGGCAUUGGUGCAGACUGUGAUCGAGGUCCUUGAGAGGGUGAACCCAGAAAAAUCGAGGAGGAUAAUUGAAAUGGCAAAGGAUACGGAAAAAAUAAGAAAAAUGUUGAUGCGUUCGGAGAUAUUGAAAUUUGCACAGUCGUUGUUAGGUCAGUCGCUAGUAUCCUCGCCGGAGAGCUUCGUCGUUUCAGCCGCGACCGUGGCGAAUGAAAUAGAUUUUCGUUUCGAAGGAAUUCUAAAGAAGGAAAUAAUAGCUUUGACCCUGGAAAUACCGUCGAUUCCACCGUUCGAUUCCUUGAUCGCCGAGAUACGAAAUAACAUAUUUGACGACACGAAAAAAACGACUCGGAUCAACAGGAAUCCAAGAGAAGAUGCUUCUGCUCCAAAUGAAAGAACGGUUGGAAAGGAGAAUGCAGAAACCUUCUCAUCAAUAAUGUUUUUCGAACAAGACGAAUACUUUUCCAGUACGAGUGAAAAUAAAAAUUGCUCAAGAAAAAAAUGUACAAACCUUCAGAAAAUUUCUAAUAAAAAGCAUGAUUCAUUGAAGCAUCGAGUGAAACAGAAUUCCGGCGAGAAUUGCAUUGCAAAUAGAUUACGAGAAGAUAACGUUGUGGAAACUUCGGAAACACAGAAUAGACAGAGCUGGAGGAAAAACUCCAAGAUAAAAGGCAUCGAGAAAUCCAGAUCGAGAAUUUCAGGAAGUAUUCUGUCCAGACGCACUUCGAAUUUCAAAACUUGGAAAACUGCCCGGGAUCAUGGGCAUUCAGACGCAGAUCAUGUAAUAUUGCGAAGAAUGACGAACCCGCAAAGAAUUCUAGUGGGACAAAUGUGUGCCUCUCUUAAGAGCAGAAAAAUUAACAAUCAAGGUUUAAUUAAUGAAAGUGUUCCACUCGCGGCGUUAAUUGCACCGGCCCUCUCGCGUGAUUGCAUUAAAUUCUUGACGCGGGGAACAGUAUAUUCGAAAACAAACGUGACACGCGAGCAAGAAGAAAUUGAAAAUAAUGAUGCAGUCCCCGAUAAAUUGACUGGUCCCCUUCUUGCUAAGAUACGGCAAGAUGUGGCAGAAAACGAAACAAAACGACGUUUGAAAUCUUUCUUAAAAAAUGAAGUGGUAUGAACGAACUGAAACGUGAUAUAUUAUUCUUUCAAAGGAUUUGAUGAAUUUGUUUGUAUAAUAAAAGAUAAAAUAAUGUUUAAAUGGUUCGUACAUAUAAUUUGAAUGGGGAAUUACCGCGUGCUAUUAGAAACGGUGUUCCUAGCACCAUCUAACAGUGGGGAGAAAAGAUAACAGAACCGAAAAUUGCUAUUUACUGAAAAAUACGAGGUUUUUAAACCAUUCUAACAGCCGGGAAAUGUUUCAUGAUCAUUAUACAAUCAGUAUAAUAACUUUCUAAUUUGCUAAAAGACUAGACAUGCUUUUAUUUUUCAAGGGUAAUGAUUUUGAGGGUCCCUAUCUUACCAAUUCCUCUUUACUACACCUCGCAAAAGCAUGCAUAGGGCAACUACUUUAUCGACCAAAAAGUGAAGAAAUAAAUUGUAAUAAUAGUAAUUGGACAAAAUUAUAGAAGACAUCCACGCGUAAAAGUGAUGAAAAUAAUAAAUUUCAAUAGUUACAACAAUAAUUUACGCUAAUUCAAUUCGUUCAUCAUUGAAAUUCGCGAAUAAACCACGUAAGCCUUAUCAGUUCCCGGCCGCGAUACAUGUCAAAUUUUUAAUUUUUGGGACUUACCGAACUGGUGAACAGCUAUUG